GUUGAAUGCCAGUGUGCGUGAAUUACACAUCACACUCCUGAGUCGCACAGGUCCGCAUCUUGUAAUACGGAAUGAGAAACGGUCUUCUUGUGUCUGAGUAAACGUUUGUAUCCUUUGUGAAAAUAAAGAGAAAAGGGCAGAGUAUUCAAAGUCUAACGCAUCUUUUGCAUAUCAAUUUGUUAUUCGGCCGUCAAAAAGUCAAUGCGCACAGUCUCAGGAAUCCUGAGUUGUGUAGCCUACUAUGAUUUGAAAGAAGAAACGCAAACAUAACUGAGACAGUUGCCUAACUGACAGGAUGAAGAAUAUCUGCUUGUUGGACAUCGUGAUCAUCCUCUGGGCUCUGUGCUCCUCGAAGGUGAGAGGUCAAUGUGAUGAACCGGCCGAGAACUCCAAGCUCAACCUCUCUGUGACCUACAACCUGCCCAGCUUCGAGGCCGACUCCGCCAUACAGAACAUGGUCACCUUCGAGGGGACGGUUUACGUUGGUGCUGUGAACAGGAUCUAUGCACUGUCAGAGAACCUGACCAAGCUGUCGGAGUACCGGACCGGGCCCGUGUCAGAGGCUGGUGUCGAAAGGCAAUGUGGCCCAAGUAGCCAGGAUGGAGCUGUUGGCAAGCCCAACGCUGUGUUGGACAACAAUAACAUGGCCCUGCUGGUGGAGCGUUACUAUGACGAUGAGCUGUUCAGCUGCAGCUCCGCGGACGCUGGUGUCUGCCGUCGCCACUUGCUGGUGGAGAGAGGGAAUGUUUCCAAGGAGGUAAACUGUAUGUAUUCACCCAAGACAGAUGAUGGAGGACGGCAGGGCUGUCCCGACUGUGUUACCAGCCCCCUGGGUUCCCGUGUGCUCAACAUGGUGAGCGGAGGUGUGGUACGGUUCUUCGUAGGGAACUCGGAGAUCACUGGAAGCGCUGGAACUGGAAGUCCGUCCCGCAUGACCUCUGGCCCCCAGGCCCAGCAGCCACAGCACCACACCAUCUCAGUGCGUCAGAUGAAAGAAACCCAAGAUGGCUUCCGUUUCUUCUCCGACCAGUCCUACAUGGACCUGGCCCCGGGCCUCCGCGGCGACCACCACCUGCGUUACGUCUACUCCUUCCAGAGCGGCAGCCACGCCUACUUCCUCACCGUGCAGCGUGAGGGCCGCAGCUCGCAGGUCUACCACACCCGCAUCGUCCGCAUGUGCGGCACCGACCCGGAGCUGCGGCGUUAUGUGGAGAUGCCCUUUGAAUGCAUCCUGACGGAGAGGCGGCGGCGGCGGCGCUUGGCCAGCAUCGAGGUGUUUAAUGUCCUCCAGGCGGCCCAUGUGGCCGAGGCGGGCAGCGAGCUGAGGCAGGAGAUGGGGCUGAAGGAAGGGGAGGACGUGCUGUUUGCUGCCUUCGCCCGAUCCAAGCCAGACUCCCCGGAACCCACAGCCAGCUCGGCCGUCUGCGUCAUCUCACUGGCAGACGUCAACAACUUCUUCAAGGAUUUCAUCCAGAAGUGCCACACCAAGCAGCCAUACCACUUCACCGGCUCCGAGGAGAAACGCUGCUACAACGGGAGUUCCUCAGAUGACUCGUUUGGCUGUGGGAAGCACGGGGAGGGAUACCGUCUGGAAGUGACCACCCCAAUGACCAGACUGGACUACUUCAGCGGUCAGUUCAGCAAAGUCCUGCUCACCUCCAUUGCCGUGGCAACCGCCCAGGAACAGACCGUGGCCAGCCUGGGCACCACAGAUGGACGCCUCAUACAGGUGGUUGUUUCCCGUUCCAAACGCAGCACGCCCCACGUGGACUUCCGCCUGGACCCCUCACGCUGUGUUUCCCCCGAGGUGGCACUCCUGUUCCCACAGGGCCACACUGGCUCUCCACAGCGCAGCCAGGAUGGCUCCCUAUUGUUGGUGACAGGAAAUAAGAUCACCAAGGUGCCUCUGAUUGGUCCUGGCUGUGAGCAGCAGUGGACGUGUAGUUCCUGCCUGCUGGCGCCGGGGUUUAUGGGAUGUGGCUGGUGUGAAGGCCGUUGCACCAGGUUGGCCCAGUGUCACCCAACCUCCCUCUGGACCCAGGACUCCUGCCCUCCCAUCAUCACCAUGAUCUCCCCAGCCAAUGGCCCCCUGGGAGGAGACACCAAGGUGACGGUGUGUGGGAGGAACUUUGGCUUCAACAAGACAGAGAGGUUUGACCAUACACUCAUCAGCCUGAACCUGGCCGGAGCACCAUGUAAACUUCUGAAACGAGAGAGCAACAGUUACAGGUUAGUGUGUGCUCCAGUGUCUCCUGUGAACUCGUCUCAGGCUAGCAAUGUGGUGAAGGUUCACAGUGGAAAGGAGCUGGCCCAACAACAGGGCUUCACCUUCGUGAACCCAGUGAUCAGAGAGAUCUUCCCUGUGUUUGGUCCUAAGUUAGGAGGAACCAUGCUCACCAUCAGAGGCUCUUUCUUAGACAGCGGAAACACCAGACAGGUCACUGUGGGAAACGCCACCUGUGAAAUCCUCAGAGUAUCAGGUACUAUGCUGAUGUGCAGGACCCCUCCCCAGUCGGCCCCAUCCCGCCAAGCGGUGUAUAUGAGGGUGGACUCUGUGGUCCGGGAGGCUCCUGUACUCUUCACCUACAACGAAGACCCUCUCAUCUCCUCCAUCCAUCCCACACGAUCCUUUAUCAGUGGAGGCAGCACGGUGGUGGCCCAGGGCUUCUACCUUCACUCUACUCUCCAGCCUCAGAUGGUGCUCAUCCCCACAGCCCAGGAAGGCAAGGUCUUCACUGUGAACUGCAUCAAGGGUGAGGACAGGCUGGCCAUCCUGUGUACCACCCCGUCCCUGAAGAACCUGGGUCUGCAGACUCCUGUGGUCACCAAGGUGGCGUUCGUCCUGGAUGGUUUCUCCACGCCCCAGUUUGACCUGCUCUAUGUAGAGGACCCUCGCUUCGAGGACUUUCAGAGACCCACCGUCACAUCAAAGGGCAACAAGAGCAUUCUGGAGAUUAAGGUGCCAGGCCGUGUGGAUGUGGAGGCGAUGAAGGGGGAGGUGCUAAAGGUGUCUAACAGGACCUGUGAGAGCGUAACUGUGGUGGGGAACACUCUGGAGUGUACUGUCCCCAUGGAGCUAUGGGACGCAACCAACGAAUUGGAGGUGGAGUGGCGUCAGGCGUCGUCCUCAGUGAGUCUGGGCAGGGUGAUGUUGGCCCAUGAGCAGGACUACAGAGGGCUGCUAGCUGGCUGUGUGUGUGUCAGUCUGCUGCUGCUGAUGUUGCUCACUCUGUUCCUCUGGAAAAGGAGGAACAAACACAUUGACGAUCUGGCUGAGGGUAAGGUUUGGUAUGACGGCAGGGCUCACAUUCAGCACUUGGAUAUGUUGGCUAACGCCCGGAGCGUCAGCCCCACUAACGAAAUGGUGUCCCACGAGUCUUUGGACUAUAGAACCACCCUGCCGGAGGACCAGGGCGUGGAGAGGCCAGAGUCAUGCAGGGGGGCUCCCCCUAUCUACGGGAGCCAUGGGGAGCUGCUGUCCCCCAGAUUGGGGCUCGGAGGCAUGGGUCUGGGGGCAGAGGGGGAGCUGGUGUCCCCUCUCCUGUCGGCCCCGGUCCACAUCGACCCGUCCCAGCUGCACCCGGACCUCCUGAAGGAGGUUCAACAUGUGGUCAUCGCCAGAGAACAUCUGCUGUUAUAUUUUAACCAGGUCAUCGGCAGAGGGCACUUUGGCUGUGUGUUCCACGGUACCUUGUUGGAGGCUGACGGACAGAAGCAGCACUGUGCCAUCAAGUCUCUCAACCGGAUUACUGACCUGGAGGAGGUGUCUCAGUUCCUGAAGGAGGGGAUCAUCAUGAAGGACUUCAGCCACCCCAACGUGUUGUCUCUCCUGGGGAUCUGUCUGCCCCCUGAGGGCUCUCCUCUGGUGGUGCUGCCAUACAUGAAGCACGGAGACCUCAGGAACUUCAUACGGGACGAGACGCACAACCCAACAGUGAAGGACCUGAUGGGCUUUGGUGUGCAGGUGGCCAGGGGCAUGGAGUAUCUGGCCAGCAAGAAGUUUGUCCACAGAGACCUAGCUGCCAGGAACUGCAUGCUGGAUGAGAGCUACACAGUGAAGGUGGCAGACUUUGGCCUGGCCAGGGAUGUGUAUGAAAAGGAGUACUACAGCAUCCACAGCAAGAGUGGAGUCAAACUACCGGUCAAGUGGAUGGCCCUGGAGAGCCUGCAGACACACAAGUUCACCCCCAAGUCAGAUGUGUGGUCGUUUGGCGUGUUGCUAUGGGAACUGAUGACCCGGGGAGCCCCGCCUUACUCGGACGUCAACUCUUUCGACAUCACAGUGUUCCUACUGCAGGGGAGACGCCUGCUGCAGCCAGAGUUCUGCCCCGACGCACUGUAUAACGUGAUGGUUGAGUGCUGGCACCCUAGACCAGAGCAGAGGCCUACCUUCUCAGAGCUGGUGUCCCGUAUCAAGUCCAUCUUCUCCAGCUUCAGUGGAGAGCACUACAUACUUCUCAACACCACCUAUGUCAACAUCGACAAGAUGACCCCCUAUCCCUCACUCAUUUCCUACUCCUCAUCCUCGUCCUCUUCCUCCACCCGUCAGGGCCACCCUCUGGAGCGAGACUGCUGCACCUGAUGGGAGGUGGGGGAUGGGGGUGGAGAGAGAGAGAGAGAGAGAGAGAGAGAGAGAGAGAGAGAGAGAGAGAGAGAGAGAGAGAGAGAGAGAGAGAGAGAGAGAGAGAGAGAGAGAGAGAGACAGGGAGAGACAGGGAGAGACAGGGAGAGACAGGGAGAGAGAGAGAAGAAAAGAGUGAUGGAAGAUGAAAGGAGGAGAGGAAAAAUAAUGAGCUUGACAGAGAGAAAGAAAGAGGGAGUAAAUAGUGGGCUUGAGGUGGUGAAGACUUUGGGUCGCUGGAGAACUAGUGUAUGUGACUGACAGACAGACACUGGACAAACUCGUUGACUGAGAAAAGAAAGUUUGAGGAUACUGACCUGUGCCGUGCAUUCAGUACAUGUGUAAUGUGUAUAUAUACUGACCGAUGAGUGACAACCAACCUAACAGGCAUCACUGUACGCUUGAGGCAUGUAUGAACUGUGAGGAUGACCUUGGUCUGCCUCUGCUCGACAACCUAGAACUUGCUCUAAAAUCUCUAAUGACCUUUGACCCUGGUAUGACCCUGGAGCCUGAGUUCAGGAGGUCAGGCCUCUUGUCUCUAUCACAGACAACUUGGAGACAUGGGAGAACCUUUUCAAAUAACAAAGCCUAAAGAAGCACAUUGUGUAUAUGAAGUACAAGUGAAGCGCCCACGAUUUGAACGAUUCCCUUCCCCAACGAGGGGACCGGUGGAUUUUGGAGAAAUUUCUGCUUGUUACUGGGUGGCAUGUGCUUAGAGAUAAGGCGAAGUGCCAGGCUCCAGCUGUUCUUUUUCUCUAUGUCAAUGAAAGGUGGUGUAUUGUAAAGCAACAUGUUACACCUUCUUCCUCCGCACUGUCACUGAAUGCCCCUCUCCUCCCACUUCUCCUUGCAUUCCUCCCUCCAAGCUCCCUGCACACCGGGACUAAAGGAAGACAAAAGAUGCCUGCUUUGUCAUUACAAUGUGUGCUCCAGCCUCCAGGUGAUGUUCUCAAUAACCGAGGUGGUGCAGAGUAGCUGGCAAGAGGACCAAUCUGCUACCCGGCCCGUGCGGUGUGUAGCAGCUACACUGGAUACUUCUUAUAGUGUAAUAAUCUUUGAUGAUUCCCUUUUGAUGUGCUUCGUUUUAAAUGUCUCGCUGCUUUGUUGCCGUGAGUGACUCACCUAUUAGUAAUCUGCAGAUGUUUCCCAGUUGAAAAGUGUUUUUUAUUUUAUUUUGGUAGGUAACACUGACUUGAAACAGCCUGUCAUAAUGUCUACAUGGCAUGUGUUAUAACGGUUUGUGAAAGCUCAGCCUGAAAACGAACGCAAUCAUUUUGACUUCAGAGAGUCAAAUGGGGGAAAUUGGAGACACGUUUGAACGUUUGAUGCUUUUGGGCAUCAUAAUAAUAGUGUUAUGUCAGUUGAGAAAAGUACUUUUACUGUCAAUCAUGAUAGUAUUCGUACAAUAGCUAUGUCAGCAUUUUGAAAGACCACUUCAAUGUUAAAACGUUACCAUUUUGCCUUUCCUUUGUGAAGCGUUUGGCUUUUUACUAUGACUGCUGUGAUGUAAUUAGUGAUCAGGCCAGCAAUGGACAGAUAUGAAUGUUUGUUAAAAUAAAUGUUAAAAAUGCUGUACUAUAUUUUUUAGAAUGCCUUUAUGAUGAAAAUGAGCCUCAAUCAAUAUUGGUCCAAUGGAAUGCCAUAACUGAACAGUGGUGCCACAAUAAUGAACAAGUCCACUAAACUAAACUUUAAUGAACCACUGCCUUUUGUACAAAAUGAUAUUAAAGGGAUAGCACCUUUGUGGAUGUGUCUUCUAUAUGUAGGAUUUAACUGGUAACCGUGUGUAUAUAUACUUUAUGACAGGUGACCGUUGUAGGUACAACACAGUACAAACAAACUAAAGAUACUGUACAUUGAGCAACUGGAGCUAGCAGGUUCACCUCCUUCACUAUAGACUUCUAUGUUUUCUAUUGGGAACUAAAUGGCUUGUAAAUCCAUGAAUUGGUCCAUGUUUCUCACUGUCUGUGCAGUGUGAGUGUCUGUAUGCGCACUGUUACGGGUUCGUCUAUGAAAAUAAUGAUGGUACAUAUGUUGUUACGUCGUUAUGCCUACUGACAGUCUCAGUGUAAUAAAGCUAUAUUAUCAGUGUGAAA